AUGGAGGUAAUGAGCAUACUCGCACAGGCGUGCGAUGCCUCCAUGCCCAGGGUCAGGUCCUACCCAAAGAGGUCCGCCUGGUUGUGGACCGACCAAAUCGCAGACCUGAGGCGUGAGUCGGUCCACCUCAGGAGGGCUUUCGGGCGGGUCAGGAAUGACCCGGAUUCGGACUCCGAGGCUGUUCUGGCCGCCCAGAAAGACUUCUGCGUAGCAGUAAAGGCCCUGAGAGAGGCCAUAGGAGCGGCCAGAGGAAAAGGGUGGGACACCCUCCUCCUCUCACUGGAUGCGGAUCCGUGGGGGCGUCCAUACAGGAUAGUUAUGCAAAAACUCAAGCCAUGGACGCCCCCGUUGACGGUGACGCUUGACCCCCGGUUCCUGGAGCGGGUUAUGGGGUCACUCUUCCAGGUUGGGAGAGGAGACCCCAUUGGCCCGUAUAUUGCUCUCACCCCUGAUCAACAGGGGGAGGUGCCGGGGGUCACAGAGGAGGAGGUGGCCGGGGCUAUCAAAAAGGUCAAGAGCCGUAAGGCUCCGGGACCGGAUGGUAUCCCCGGACGGGUUCUCACCCUAGCCUCGGGGUUCAUGAACCAAAGAUUUGCGGACCUGUUCUCACAGGCACUAAGGAAAGGUAGGUUGCCCCCAGUCUGGGGGAGGGCCAAUGUGGUCCUCCUCCGAAAAGAGGGCAAACCGGAGGACUCCCCCUCCGCGUACCGGCCCAUAUGCCUCCUGGAUGAGGCGGGUAAGCUCUUCGAGCGUGUUAUAGCUGCCCGCCUCACGGAGCAUAUGUCCCGGAAGGGAUCGAGUCUUCACGACGGCCAAUACGGCUUCCGAGAGGGCAGAUCCACAGUGGAUGCUAUAUUGCAUCUGAAAGCCCUCUCGGAGGCCAUAGUGAUGGAGGGCAGGGUGGCGGUGGCGGUAUCCUUGGAUAUCGCCAACGCAUUCAACACCCUGCCCUGGGGUGGGGUGGUGAAAGCUAUGCGGGAGUAUUUCUGCUUUCCACCCUACCUCACGGCCGUCGUGAAGGAUUACUUCCGGGGUCGGCGUCUAAGUUGGAUGGACGCCGACGGCAAGGUACGCGAGAGGGGGAUAAGUUGCGGGGUUCCACAGGGCUCAGUGUUGGGUCCGCUACUGUGGAACCUCGCAUACAACUCAGUCCUCCGAGUAGCCCUCCCCCCCGGCUGUAGCAUUAUCUGCUACGCAGAUGACACUCUCAUCUUGGCCGGGGGGAAAGACUGGGGGGAAGCCGUGGUGACGGCCAACCAAGCGGUGGCAGGCGUUGUGUGCGCCAUUCGUAAUCUGGGCCUGGUGGUGGCGGAGAAGAAAACCGAGGCGAUCUUUUUCCACGACAAGGGUAGAAAGCCAUCCCAGGCUCAGAUAAAGGUGGGAACGACCAGGGUCCCGAUAGAGGCCCAGAUGAAUUAUCUGGGCCUCAUUUUGGACGGCACCUGGUGCUUCAGGGGGCAUGUCAAUCGUCUGGUCUCCCGACUAAGAGCAGUGUCUAAUAGAUUGGGCAGACUUAUGCCCAAUGUCGGGGGACCGGACGGAAAGGCCCGCCGCCUCCACGCAGGAGUGCUAAAUUCCGUGGCGUUGUACGGAGCGCCGGUAUGGGCGGAGGCCCUGGCCGUCAGUCGUCCGAUGCAGGCGCAACUGCGCAAGGUGCACAGGACGCAGGCGGUCAGGGUCGCUAGAUGCUACCGUACGGUCUCCUGCGUGGCGGCGGAGGCUCUGGCGAGCAUGCCCCCCUGGAGCUCCUCGCGCUGA